AUGACCAAUGUUUCUAAGUUAAAUGUAUCACGUGAUUACACCGUAGCAGGACCAACCACAGCAGAAGCAGGACCCCCCAGCACCGAAGCAGGACCAACCACAGCAGAAGCAGGACCCACCAGCACCGUAGCAGGACCAACCACAGCAGAAGCAGGACCAACCAGCACCGUAGCAGGACCAACCACAGCAGAAGCAGGACCAACCAGCACCGUAGCAGGACCAACCACAGCAGAAGCAGAACCCACCAGCACCGUAGCAGGACCAACCACAGCAGAAGCAGGACCCACCAGCACCGUAGCAGGACCAACCACAGCAGAAGCAGGACCCACCAGCACCGUAGCAGGUUCUACCAGCAAAGAAUUAGGACCGACCAGCCCCCGUAUCGGCACCGUAGCAGGACUUACCAGCCCCGUAUCGGCAUCGUAG